AUGGGUUUCUGGGAUACUAUCACUGACCUGGUCGAGGCUGCCGCGCCUUGGGCCACCGCCGAGGCCGAGGCCCCUGCUCAAGAGGAGCCCAAGGAAGAGACCAAGGACGAGGAAUCCGACAAGCCCAAGGAUGAGGAGUCUGCAGAGGUAGAGGAGGAGAAGGAAGAGAAGGAGGAAGAGGGAGAAGAGGAAGAGGAGGAAGAGGAGGAAGAAGAGGAGGAAGAGGAAGAAGAGCAGGACCCCAAGGAGAAGCUCGAGGAAGAGUGCAAGAACUCGAAGCAAUGCGCACCCGCCAAGCACCACUACGACGAGUGUGUUGAGCGCGUUACCAAGGCCGAGGAGUCCGGUGAGGGCGCGGGCGAGGACUGCGUUGAAGAAUUCUUCCACCUCGCACACUGCGCUACUCAAUGUGCUGCCCCCAAGCUCUGGUCCGUCCUCAAAUAA